AUGACGUUGAACAUCGCUUAUCAACCGACUGCCGAGGUGACUGACCUCAAGGCCUUGUACGUUGGUCGUAUGUUGCAAGAUGUUGACGGUCCCAAACCAGUUAUCGACCGUGAGGUGGCACGCCGGAACUGCCAGAUGAUGCUUGAUGCGGCCCUCGCUUUGGACGUGGACUUUAGGGCGCAUGUCAAGACACAUAAGACAACCGAACUCACCCGCUUCCAAGUUGGUGAGAAAUCAGAUACGGUACGGCUGGUGGCAUCCACCUUGGUAGAAGCUGAGCAGCUGGUUCCGUUCAUGAAAGAAUGUCAAACAAAAGGGCGGAAAGUAGAUCCGUCAUGCUUCCCUCGCUUAGCUGAACUGGGCAAGGCCCUCGGCCAUGGAGCAGUGACUUGCCUGGUGGACAGUGUUGAGGUCAUUCCGUUUCUGUCCCGCUAUCAUGCCCUAUGUGGGAAGAGGUUGGGCGUCUUCAUUAAGCUGGAUACCGGCUACGGUCGCGCUGGCGUGACUUACAGCAGUGCCCAAUUCAAUGCUAUUGUCAGUGAACUCUACGCCUUAGAAGGCAAGGAACCGCAUCUUUUCACCCUUCGCGGCUUCUACUCUCACAUGGGGCACAGCUAUGGCUCCAAUAACCCAUCAGAGGCAAUGGACUACCUUCGCGUCGAGAUAGAAGGAUGCAAACUGGCUGCAGAUCGUGCUUCAGCCAUCCCGCCGCCUACCCCUUUUGACGGGGAGACAAACUACUCUCAACGACGCUUCAUUCUCUCCGUCGGCGCAACGCCCAGCACAACCGCAGCACAAAACCUGACGGGACACGGGACCCUUUCUCUUCCAGGAGCAGACAAGGCCAAGGAACUCAUUGACCAGACCAAGCAAACGUAUGACGUUGAACUGCACGCGGGUGCGUACGUGACGUUGGACAUGCAGCAGUUAGCCGCCCGUGCGCGGCCGAACAGCUCACAUCUAUCAUUCGAUGACCUGGCGCUUACUGUUCUUGCGGAAGUGGGAUCAUUGUACAUGCACCGCGAACACCCGGAAGCGCUUGUGGCAUGUGGUUCACUGGCUAUAGGACGGGAACCGUGUCGUAGCUACGAGGGUUGGGGUGUAGUCACACCCUGGCGUGAGCAGCAGCAGCAGCAGCAAGCUAAUGACGCAGCACCAGCAGCGGAUGAAGGAGUCGGCUUUUAUAAUCCAGACGGAGACAAAACGGGAUGGGUGCUGGAUCGUGUAAGCCAGGAGCACGGAAUUUUGCGCUGGCAUGGAUCACGACAGAACAUGCGGCCUUUGCGAAUUGGUGAGAAACUGCGCAUCUGGCCGAAUCAUUGUUGCAUUUGCCUUGCAGGGUUCACUUAUGUGCUUGUUGUUGAUUCGACAGCCCAGGGAAGCGAGAAGGAUCGCAUAGUUGAUGUUUGGCAGAGCUGGAGAGGGUGGUAG